AUGGGUCCCACACCGCCUCUCUCCACUUCUGAGAACUGUGAUGCUGCUGUGGUUGCACCUUGGGGCACCCCCGUGGAGUCCAGCCCGAUGCUGGGGCUGGUGGGGCUGGUGCUGUGCCUCGUGCCUGUGGACACCCUGACUGCCUUCCCCCCAAAGUUCCAGGUGGGGCAGCUGAACGAGGAUGUGGUGGUGCAGUGUGACACGCUGGAGCCGCACAUCAGCUGGACGCUGAACGGGGAGCAGGACCCCAUGGCUGAGCUGGAGCCUGAGGGCCGGAACCUCACCAUCCUCGGCUUAGACCUGCCGGCCACGGGCAACUACAGCUGCUGGGCCGGCCCCGUCCUGCUGGACACCACCUACGUGGUGCUCAGCGAUGCCCGCGAGGAGGAGAUCGACGUGUCCUGCCAGGCUGAGUCCUACCACGGCUCCUUCCACUGCUCCUGGCCCGGGCCCCCCUCUGCCGUCUUCCGUGCCCGCCUCACACGCAGCGAUGGCUCCGUGGGUCCGUGGGUGCCGGUGGCCGGGGGCCACGGCCGGUUCAACGCCAGCCUGGCCGACCCCUCCUUCUGCCCCUUCGCCGAGGAGCUGCGUCCGCUGGGGCUGCACCUGGAGGGGCUCUCAGACACCUCCUACCUCAGCCUCUCCAAGCACUUCUUCCUCCGCGACAUUGUGCGUCCGGACCCGCCCCAGGAGCUGAGCCUGCGGUGGCUGGGGGAGCAGCUCCACCUGGCCUGGGCACCCCCCGCCUCCUGGCAGCGCCCCACGUCCUACUUUGUGCUGCUCUACCAUCUGCAGUACGAGCUCCCCAAUGGCACCCAGGUUGAGCGGUUCGUGGAGGGCGUGGAGGAGACGCAGGUGCAGGUGGGGGCACAGCGGGUGCGCAUCAGCUGCCGGGACCCCUACAGCCCCCUGGCUUGGAGCCCCUGGAGCCCCUGGCAGGACCUCAGCACACCUCGAUGA